UAGACAUGGCAAGCAAAGUUGCAGUUCGUUUUGUGAAUAACAAUGUCAACAUGGCCCAGUGGAAUCAGUUACAGCAGUUAGAGACACGGUACCUGGAGCAACUGUACCACCUGUACAGUGACAGCUUCCCCAUGGAGCUAAGGCAGUUCCUGGCCCCCUGGAUCGAGAGCCAGGAUUGGGCGUAUGCAGCCAACAAGGAGUCUCAUGCCACACUGGUGUUCCAUAACCUGUUGGGGGAGAUUGAUCAGCAGUACAGCCGCUUCCUGCAGGAGAAUAAUGUCCUGUACCAACACAACCUGCGGCGCAUCAAACAGCACCUACAGAGCAAGUACCUGGAGAAGCCCAUGGAGAUCGCUCGCAUCGUGGCCCGCUGCCUGUGGGAAGAACAGCGUCUGCUGCAGACAGCCACCACUGCACAGCAGGAUGGCCAGGUUGCCCACCCCACUGGGACCGUGGUGACAGAGAAACAGCAGAUACUGGAACACAACCUGCAGGACAUCAGGAAGAGAGUACAGGACAUGGAACAGAAGAUGAAGAUGUUGGAGAACCUUCAAGAUGACUUUGACUUUAAUUACAAAACUCUCAAGAGUGCUGGAGAGUUGUCCCAGGACCUGAAUGGAAACAGCCAGGCAGCAGCCACCAGGCAGAAGAUGUCUCAACUGGAGCAGAUGCUGAGUGCUCUGGAUCAGCUGAGGAGGCAAAUAGUAACUGAGAUGGCAGGGCUGCUGUCUGCCAUGGACUUUGUACAGAAGAAUCUGACAGAUGAGGAGCUGGCUGACUGGAAGAGGAGACAGCAGAUUGCCUGCAUCGGAGGACCACCAAACAUCUGCCUGGACCGCUUGGAGACAUGGAUCACCUCUUUGGCUGAGUCACAGUUGCAGAUCAGACAGCAGAUCAAGAAGUUAGAGGAACUUCAACAGAAGGUCUCAUAUAAAGGAGAUCCGAUCAUUCAACACCGCCCUGCUCUGGAGGAGAAAAUUGUAGACUUGUUCCGAAACCUUAUGAAGAGUGCAUUUGUCGUUGAGAGGCAGCCUUGUAUGCCCAUGCAUCCUGACCGACCUCUCGUCAUCAAAACAGGAGUUCAGUUCACAACCAAAGUCAGAUUACUAGUGAAAUUCCCGGAGUUGAAUUACCAGCUAAAGAUCAAAGUGUGCAUUGACAAGGAGUCAGGGGAUGUGGCAGCCAUUCGAGGCUCUCGUAAAUUCAACAUACUUGGCACCAACACUAAAGUUAUGAACAUGGAGGAAUCCAACAAUGGCAGCCUGUCAGCAGAGUUCAAACAUCUGACUCUACGAGAGCAGAGAUGUGGCAAUGGAGGCCGGACCAACAGUGAUGCAUCCCUGAUUGUGACUGAAGAACUGCACUUGAUCACAUUUGAAACAGAGGUUUACCAUCAAGGCCUAAAGAUCGACCUUGAGACACACUCUCUCCCAGUGGUGGUCAUCUCUAAUAUCUGUCAAAUGCCAAAUGCAUGGGCGUCCAUCCUGUGGUACAACAUGCUGACCAACCAUCCCAAGAAUGUAAAUUUCUUCACCAAACCUCCAGUAGGAACAUGGGAUCAGGUGGCUGAGGUGCUGAGCUGGCAAUUUUCUUCCACAACUAAGAGAGGAUUGACCAUUGAACAGCUCACCACACUUGCAGAAAAACUGUUAGGUCCGUGCGUGAACUACUCCGGUUGCCAAAUCACAUGGGCCAAGUUCUGCAAAGAGAACAUGGCAGGAAAAGGUUUCUCGUUCUGGGUGUGGCUAGACAAUAUAAUUGACCUAGUGAAGAAAUAUAUUUUGGCUCUAUGGAAUGAAGGGUAUAUAAUGGGCUUUAUCAGUAAAGAAAGAGAAAGAGCGAUCCUGAGCCCAAAACCUCCUGGAACAUUCCUUCUGCGCUUCAGUGAAAGCAGCAAAGAGGGAGGCAUAACCUUUACCUGGGUGGAGAAAGACAUCAGUGGUAAGACCCAGAUCCAGUCCGUGGAGCCAUACACUAAGCAGCAGCUCAACAGCAUGUCAUUUGCUGAGAUCAUCAUGGGCUACAAGAUCAUGGAUGCCACCAACAUCCUGGUCUCUCCGUUGGUCUACCUGUACCCGGAAAUCCCUAAAGAGGAGGCAUUUGGCAAGUACUGCCGCUCUGAGCCUCAACCAGACAUCGAGUUCCCUGACUCUGGGUGUGUUAUUCAGCCAUACCUGAAGACCAAGUUUAUCUGUGUCACCCCGUGUCCUUCCAUCUUCAUGGACUUCCCGGACAGUGAGCUGCUUGGGAACGGCUUCCCUGGGACUAACUCUGGAAACACAAGUGAUUUGUUCCCAAUGUCCCCUCGUACACUUGACUCUCUCAUGCAUAAUGAAGCAGUGGAGGCCAAUCCUGGACCUCUUGAAUCCCUCACUCUGGACAUAGAUAUGAGCUCAGAUCAUCCCUCACCCAUGAGAGAAGCGUUUCCAGCCUCUAAUGUCUCAGAUAUGGAUGCCUGCAGAAAUGCUUAGUUUUCCAACAUUUUAGUUUUGUUGUUUUAUUUCUACUGGAAAUUUUUUUUUUUUCAUGUACAUAGGAUGCUUAGGUGCUAAUCCUGCUUUCUUUCUCCGGGCCAGUUCUUUGUUUCUCUUCAGUUUUUACAGUCAUUGCCAAGAGUGUGCAUUUAAAAUAAGAUUGGCAUUUUUGCCAGUUUUAUGGGUUCAAUACGGUUAUUAAUGGAAGUGUUUUUUCUAUCUACCACUAAAAUAAUCCCUACCACUGUAUUAUCAUGCAGAUUAUCCCAAAAAUGGGACCACAGUAGAAGCACCGCUAGUUAAUCAAAAUCUUAGUAAAUACUCCUCAAUGAAAAUGUAAAUACUAAGAUUAUUAGCAGGAUUUAUAAUGAGUUUCAAUUAUAUUAACAAAACAAUAAGCUUGCAAAUAUUUGGCCAUGACUGUAUUGUAGCCACAUGUAAUUAUUUUUUCAGUUUAUUGCAUCAGAAGUUACUUUCACUUGUACCACAUAGAAAAUAUUCACUGAUGUUGGAAAACAUGACAAAUAUUUUAAGCUGUAAGCAUAGCAGCCAGUGAGCCAACGUUGAAAUUUAAAUAUUUAGUGUGAAGGGUCAGAAAAUCUUAAAAUUAAAUUGUUAAGCAGUUUGAAGCUGCCACAACUUGCCAUUAUAUUGUACCAUGUUGAACUAAAACCUGGAUUUUUAUAUAAGUAUAACCUUCCUUUCAUAAAAUCGUGUGUUGCAAAGUGCAAAAUGUGUGCAUGCAAAAUGUGUGCAUGCAGGUCUAUAAAGACCUUUUUAACUUCUGUCUGGUUUUCAUUAACAUACUGUAUUUUAAUGUUGCAGAAAAGUAUUUUACUCUUUUAUUGGAUGUCUUUGUGAGGUUAAUUGCAGAAGAUAAAUAUAUUAAUGUAUGUUCCACAAAUUAGGAAAUAUGUUCUUUCCACCAUAUUCCCCUUUCUGUUAGUGCUAGUUUACAUAGCAAGAUGAAUCUUGCACUGAGCCGACAGGACUAAUAUUGCAACAGAAUUUGUGAAAUUUAGAUAUACUGUAUAUACAGGCACACAAAUAUGCACACACACACACACACACACACAUAUAUAUAUAAAUUUGUUGUUUAAUUCACUGAUGUUAGACGAUUCACUGAUAAUAAACUGGUAGUGCUUUAAACAGGAAUAUGAUGGAAAAUUUGUUUCCAUGUUUUUAAAUGUCUGUCAGUCAGUCUAGGUUUGUUUCUCAGUCUCUGUAUUUGUUCUUCCACUCUCUACUUUAUAGAUGUAUACUAUUAUAUAUACUGCAUUAUGUAUAUUAUCUUUAUUGUAAUAUGCAUUCAUAAUGAGAGAGUUAUGCAGUCCGUCAUGCAAUGAGAGAAGUCAGGACUCAGGCUGUAUGUUUAGAUACUAUCAGACCAUAGAUGGAACAUUUGAUAGUGAAAAUAAAGAAACAAGUAAACUCAAUAAUAAAGAUCCCUCUAGGGGCAGUUUAAUCAGCAUACACAGUGGAACAAAAUGUAGCGAUUAUUUUUCAGUGGACAUUUAAAGGUUAUUCUUCCCAAAUGAAUCUCAACUGCUUUCACGCAAAUGGUAAUAACUGAAUGUUUAUCUGUCUACCUGUCACUAAACGUAUCCCAGCCGUUCUGCUAUAAAGGUUAACCAAAAGAGAUAGUGUGCCUGCAUUAUACAUUUUUUGAAGGUUCUUUGAUUAGACUUCAAGCUGUUUAUAGGUUUGUUGUAGUGAUGUAUUAAAUAUUUGCACUUGUGGCGACUGGUGACUCAUGAUGACUGAGUAUACAUCUGUUUAUCAUUGUAUUAUUAUUAUUAUCACAAGAAACCUGAAUUUUUGUUUUGUUUCCAUGUUACAGCAUUAUGGUCAUAUACAUGUCAUUCCUGACAAGCUCUGUGUCGUUGCACUGAUUCUGAAUUUGAAUUAAACAAUGAACAGCCUAUGAAACAUGUAACCAGUUAUUUUACUGCAGCUGAAAUGCUGAGCUGCAUUUUUGUGGGAAAUGUUCUCUGAGCUGAGAAAAGAUGUACAGUCUCAGUGUCUCUUCACUGGGUGCCAUUAAAAAUCUUCACUAUUUUGCAUUGGUUUAUCAGUUAUUCUGUGAUACUUUAGUUCUAAAGCAAACUAACUAUAUAUGCUAUGCUUAUUUUUUUUCUCCACAAUUAUUAAUUUGUUCAUAUUCAGUUAUUUUUAUUGGUAAUGAUACAGACUAAAUCAAGUAUACUGAAGUUGUUUUUCAGAAAUGUAUAG